AAUAAGACCAGAAAAGAGGGGAAAAAAAUUGAAGAGAAAGAAAAGGAAAAGUAAAGAAAAAAAUUUUCCCAUAAAAGCACGAAUUCUCGGAUUAUUUCACCCAUUAGCAUUAACGCCGGUCUCUUUUUUUCAAGCUUCCUAGAAAAAAAAAAGAAAAGAAAAGAGUAAGUAUCCUUAACAACUAUCAGCUCUUGAGAUCCGAUCAGAUCCGGUCUUGUCUCUCCUUCUCUCUCUCUCUCUCUCUGUGUGUGUGUGUGUAAAAUUUACAGUUUUUCUCUAUUUGUUUGUGUUUUUGUAUGUAUCGAUCGAUUCUUCUCUGAAAUUUAAAAAAUAUUUAAGUUUCAAAAUCGAAUUUUCUUUUCUUGAAAAAAUUAUAGGGUUCCCGAAAGGCCGGAGCUUUUUUGUUCUUCUUCAUUAAAUUUAGGGUUUUUUCGUUUUUUGGUAAAUGGAAUGUGCUGGAUCGUGAGCUAGGGUUUUCUUUUUUGUUUUUUGGGUAGGGGUGGGGUUUUUGACCCGGGUGCAUGAGGAUUUGGUGCUGCCUGUGCUUUAUCGACGACGAAGAAGACGAUAAUCAACGGGAAGGAACCAUGAAGGAAGUUUUUUUGGCAAAUGUCGACGACUUUGAGGGAAAUAUUGUAAAUGACGACGACGAUGAUCAUGAGGAAGAAGAAGAAGAAGAAGCCCCCACAACUGUCACUGUCGCCCCAGCUCGAUUUUCCUCAACUCUAGCCAGAACCCUAAACAGUCAAAGGCCAGGAGAUCAGACGCUGCUGUUGUUUGAAGAAAUGGUCACCGCCAUGAGAGGCGGUGGGAAUUGGGAUGAUGCUAUGUGGCACCCUUCGAUGGGCUGCUCACGUCCUUCCGAGGGUGAGACUAGCGCCUCCGCCUCAACUGCUGUUCAAGAUUGUGACCACCACGAUUGGCACCAUAAGCGGGCCAAAGUCUACUCCGGUUUUCGUGAGGGCACGUCUUGCUCCUUUUCAGGGAGAGAUUUUAAUAUUAACCAAGGAUCAUCAAAUUCAUCUAAUAAUGGGGUAUUUUAUCACAAUUUCAUGUUGAAUAAUGGGAGUGACGGACGUCCUUUUGACGGUAAUGGUGGGAAAGAUGAUGAAGAUGAGGCUGGUUUGAGAGCUGAAGAUUUUGAAGUUCGAAUGGAUCUGACCGAUGACUUAUUGCAUAUGGUGUUCUCUUUCUUGGACCAUGGUAAUCUUUGUCAUGCUGCUAUGGUUUGUAGGCAGUGGCGAGCAGCUAGUGCUCAUGAGGAUUUUUGGAGGUGUCUGAAUUUUGAAAACCGGAAUGUAUCUCUUGAACAAUUUGAGGACAUGUGUCAACGAUAUCCAAAUGCCACUGAAGUGAAUCUCAGUGGCACUCCUAAUAUCCACCUGCUCGUUAUGAAAGCUGUCUCUUCAUUACGAAAUCUCGAGGCUUUAACAUUGGGAAAGGGUCAACUAGGGGAUGCUUUUUUCCAUGCAUUGGCAGAGUGUAGUAUGUUAAGGAGUUUGGAUGUCAAUGAUGCUAUCCUUGGCAAUGCUGUUCAAGAGAUAUCUAUUAACCAUGAUCGAUUGUGUGAUCUGAAAGUAACAAAAUGCCGUGUGAUGCGUAUAUCAAUCAGGUGCCCACAACUAAAAAGUUUGUCUUUGAAACGUAGUAAUAUGGCACAGGCGGCUCUUAAUUGCCCUGUUUUACACCUGCUUGACAUUAGUGCAUGCCACAAACUUACAGAUGCAGCAAUUCGUUCGGCAGAGUUGGAGCUUGAUAGUUGCCACAUGUUAACAUCGGUGUCAUUGGAUCUUCCUCAUUUGCAGAAAAUUCGACUGGUUCAUUGUCGAAAAUUUGCUGACCUGAAUGUACAAUGUUUCAAGCUAUCAUCUAUAACGGUGUCCAAUUGUGCUGCUCUCCAUCGCAUUAACAUCAGUUCAAAUUCACUUCAAAAAUUAGUGUUGCAGAAGCAGGAAAAUUUGACAACAUUGGCACUGCAAUGUCAAUGUUUGCAAGAAGUAGACCUUACAGAUUGUGCAUCUUUGACAAACUCUAUUUGCACUGUCUUUAGCGACGGUGGUGGUUGCCCUAUGCUAAAAUCAUUGGUUCUGGAUAACUGCGAGAGCUUGACAGCAGUGCAGUUCUCCAGUACAUCUUUAGUCAGUCUUUCUCUGGUUGGUUGUCGUGCUAUUACUACUCUAGAUCUUGCAUGUCCUUGUCUUGAGAAAAUUUGCUUAGAUGGUUGUGAUCAUCUGGAAAGAGCGUCAUUUUAUCCUGCUGCUCUUCGGUCGCUUAAUCUUGGAAUAUGCCCCAAAUUGAACACACUCAGAAUUGAUGCUCCAUAUAUGGUGUCACUUGAGUUGAAAGGAUGUGGUGUCUUAUCUGAAGCAUCCAUAAAUUGUCCACUAUUGAUGUCUCUGGAUGCUUCCUUCUGCUGCCAACUUAAGGAUGAUUGCUUAUCUGCUACCACUGCUUCCUGCUCGCUGAUCGUGUCAUUAAUAUUGAUGUCAUGCCCAUCUAUUGGUUCUGAUGGUCUUUACGCUUUGCGCUGGCUUCCGAAUUUAACAACACUUGAUUUGUCAUAUACCUUUUUGACAAAUUUGCAGCCAGUUUUUAUGUCUUGUUUGCAGCUGAAGGUGCUAAAAUUACAAGCAUGCAAAUAUCUGGCUGACUCAUCAUUGGAGCCUCUUUACAAGGAAGGUGCUUUACGAGAACUCAGGGAUUUGGACUUGUCAUAUGGUACCCUGUGCCAAUCUGCCAUAGAGGAGCUUCUUGCAUAUUGCACGCAUCUUACCCAUUUGAGCUUGAAUGGAUGUAUAAAUAUGCAUGACCUGAAUUGGGGUGCUAAUGGUGGUCAAUUUGAGUCGCUUAGUGUGCAUAAUGAUUCUAGCAUGUUUUGUUUUGAGAACAUCAAUGAGCCAGUUGAGCAAGCGAAUCGUUUACUGCAGAACCUCAACUGCGUAGGUUGUCCAAGUAUUAGGAAAGUGCUCAUCCCUCCAGCAGCAAGAUGUUUCCAUUUGUCAUCCCUAAAUCUUUCUUUGUCAGCCAAUUUAAAGGAAGUUGAUCUUGCUUGUUUCAACUUGUCCUUUCUUAAUCUAAGCAAUUGUUGCUCUUUAGAAGUUUUGAAGCUUGGGUGUCCUAAACUGACUAGUCUCUUUCUUCAGUCUUGCAACAUUAUGGAAGAAGCAGUUGAAACCGCUAUAUCACAAUGUAGCAUGCUGGAGACUUUGGAUGUCCGCUUUUGUCCGAAGAUUUGCUCAAUAAGCAUGGGGAGGUUACGUGCAGUUUGUCCAAGUUUGAAGCGUAUUUUUAGUAGCUUGUCACCUGCAUGAUUGUGAAUGUGAUGGAAGAAUUUGAUUUCCCUUUGGAAGUGGAUGUCAGUUCAAAUUAUUGGCAGCAACAACAGCUUGGUAUUUUGUCAUGAUCUGCUCUCUUUGUAUGUAAAAUGGUCAUCGUCGCCUCCUGUUUGUUUUGGAUAUAUGAAUAUAUGAAUAUAUAUAGGUACUUGAUCUAUCUGGUCCUUGUGUAACGGCGUAAUAAAUUACUAUCAAUGUUUUUUA